UCCUCAAAACUUAAUCACACACCAUGGCUCAUCCUCAACCUCCUAACAUCAUCGAGACCUGUCAUAUCUCUCCCCCAAACGGCACCGUUCCAUCCACCACUCUUCCUCUCACCUUCUUUGAUGCCCCAUGGCUCACUCUCCCACUCGCCGAUUCUGUCUUCUUCUUCUCUUACCAAAACUCAACUGAAUCUUUCCUCAAAGAUUUUGUACCCAACCUCAAACAAUCACUCUCCAUCUCUCUCCAGCAUUUCUUCCCUUACGCCGGUAAACUGAUCAUCCCGUCUCGACCCGACCCUCCAUACUUACAGUACAACGAUGGCGAAGACUCUCUUGUUUUCACUGUAGCAGAGUCUACCGAAACCGACUUCAACCAACUGAAAACUGAUUCCCCUAAAGAUAUCAGCGUGUUGCAUGGCGUCUUGCCCAAGUUACCUCCUCCUCAUGUCUCUCCGGAAGGAAUUCAGAUGCGGCCAAUAAUGGCGAUGCAAGUCACCAUCUUCCCUGGAGCCGGAAUCUGUAUAGGCAACUCAGCUACACAUGUUGUAGCGGAUGGAGUCACCUUCAGUCACUUCAUGAAGUAUUGGAUGUCAUUGACCAAAUCCAACGGCGAUCCUGCCACAGUUCUUCUACCCUCUCUACCUAUUCACAGCUGCAGAAACAUUAUCAAGGACCCAGGAGAGGUAGGCGCAGGACAUUUGGAGCGGUUUUGGAGCCAAAACUCCGGAAAAAACAGUUCGCAUGUUACGCCUGAGAACAUGGUUAGAGCUACUUUUACAAUGAGCAGGAAUCAGAUAGACAAUCUAAAGAGUUGGGUUAAAGAGCAGUCUGAGAAUCAAUCUCCUGUUUCUACCUUCGUGGUAACUUUAGCUUUCAUUUGGGUAAGCUUGAUCAAGACACUGGUUCAAGACAGUGAAACAGAGGCUGAGGGAGACAAAGACGAAGUCUUUCACUUGAUGAUCAAUGUGGAUUGCAGGAAUCGUCUCAAGUACUCAGAACCAAUACCACAAACAUACUUUGGCAACUGUAUGGCCCCUGGGAUCAUAUCAGUCAAGAAACGAGAUUUGCUAGGAGAAAAAGGCGUUUUGGCUGCUUCAGAUGCAAUCACAGCGAGAAUCAAAGAUAUGUUAUCAAGUGAUCUAUUGAAAACAGCACCAACUUGGGGACAAGGAGUACGUAAAUGGGUCAUGUCUCGUUAUCCAACCUCAAUAGCAGGAGCUCCGAAAUUGGGACUGUAUGAUAUGGAUUUUGGGUUAGGAAAGCCCUGCAAAAUGGAGAUAGUGCACAUAGAAACAGGUGGUUCUAUUGCAUUCUCAGAGUCAAGAGACGGCAGUAAUGGAGUUGAGAUUGGAAUAGCACUGAAGAAGAAGAAAAUGGAAGUAUUUGCCUCAAUUCUACAACAGGGGAUCAAGAAAUUCGAGAAGUAGCAGCCCUUUUCUCAUCCAAUAACUUGUAGCAACAAAAUGAUUCAACAUUU